AUGCUGCUGCUUCCACAAACGACAAAAACAACUUGGCAAGUCAUAAAAUUUCCAUUUGGCAUCUUUACGGUGUGCGUUUACCUCUUGAUUGGUCUCUCGGGUGCAAAUAUCGUGCAUACCGUUCUCGGCGUUCCCAAUGAAUGUCUUUACCAAAAUUCUCUCUGGCAAUGUCGACUUUCGUUUUCGUGCUGGUUAGAAGGCGGAAGACACGUGAAUGGCUGCGGAAGUCAAAAUUGGCUUUUUUCUUGUUGCGUUUUCGAUCACGAAGAUGACUACAGUUAUGCGGAUAAUUCCAUUUCCACAAAUAUCAUUCGCAAAGCCUACAUACCGCCAAACCAAAAGAAGCGAAAUGCCAUUCGACGAAGAGCUGAUCAAGAACUUACCCAACUAAAUUGUGGCAUUCCACGAAAUUUCAAUAAUAUCCUUCAAAAACGCAUCAUUGGAGGACGUCCUGCGCAAUUUGCUGAAUUUGCGUGGCAAGCCCAUAUUCGAAUCGCUGAAUUUCAAUGCGGCGGAGUUCUUGUCUCGCAAAAUUUUGUUGCGACAGCUGCUCAUUGCAUCAAAUACGCUCGUCUCAAAGACAUCAUUGUCUACUUGGGCGAACUUGAUACCCAAAAUUCGGGAAAUGUCCUUGAACCGUUGCCCGUUGAGAAACAUCGCGUCAUCCAGAAGAUCAUUCAUCCGAAAUUUCGGUUUCGCAUGACGCAACCCGACAGAUUUGACAUUGCGGUAAUGCGAUUGGCGCAACCAGCGGGAUAUCGCGCACACAUUUCGCCAAUUUGUCUACCGAGUGAACCGAUAAAUUUGGUAGGGCGCAUGGGAGUUAUUGCGGGAUGGGGUAAAACGGAUUCCAGUUCGGGACAAACGGGAACGAAUAUCUUGAGGACAGCGAUGGUGCCGAUUAUCAGCAGAUCGGAUUGCAUUGAAUGGCAUGAGAGUAAACAGAUUGACAUUGAUUUGUAUCCGGAGAUGUUUUGUGCGGGGCACGAGGAUGGGCAUCAAGAUGCUUGUUUGGGCGAUUCUGGCGGUCCCUUAAUCGUCAUGCAGAAAAAUCGCUAUUAUUUAGUGGGAAUAACAAGCGCAGGAUUUGGAUGCGGAGUCGGGUUCCAACCAGGCAUCUACUUGAACGUACAAAAGACUCUAAAAUGGCUGCGAAACAUAAUCUUUUAGUUAGUAACAGAGAUAGUCGUCGCAAAAAAAAAUCGCUUAAGGAUAAUGACAUGAAUUUAAAGAAGAAGAAGAAGCCGAAAAAAAAAUCUAGAAGAACGACGAGAACAGAACGAGACACAUCUAUUUAUUUAUUUUUUUAUGUUUGUGAAUUGAAAUGAAACGAAAAAGAUCCCAUCUAAU